AAACAACCUCAAAAAUGUGGGAAAAAGACUACAAAACCAGUCCUAAUGAAGCGUAGGGGAAGACAAUCAAGUGGAUCAGCUAUGUUAUCUAGUCAAAUUAACACUAUGGUUAGUAGUUGUAAUCGAGCUUUAGAAUUGAUGGAGGCUGACACCAAUCUUCCGAAUGUAGCAAACACACAUGGUUCUUCUAAAGAUGGUAGUGUUGCUCAAGCUAUGGCUAUUGUUAGUCGAAUGACUACUAGUGGAUGUGGACUCCUUAAAUAUAGUGAUAUGUGGUGCUUUUUGGUCAAUUUGAUUGAGGAUAGUGCAAAAAGAGAAUUAUUUAUUCACAUGGAUGAUGAUGAAUCAAGAAUGACUUGGUUAAAGUAUAUGGAGACCAAAGACAAGUGAAAUGUUAGAGUUUAUUGUUAUUGUUAAAUUAUAGAAUAAGUUAGUGAAUUAGUUAUAUGCAUUUUUUUUUCUCAUGUUAGUGUUUGAUUCACGAACAAUGCUUUUCUUUAUUUUUAUUAUUCACUUAUGUACGAGAAAAACUUUCUUCUUUUAAGAUUAUUGUACGUUUGAUUGAAAAUCAUAUAUGGUCAUUCUUUCUGAUCAAUAGGUGAACAUUAUGGACAUUGAACGCAGAAAGAAGAAAAGACGCAAGUUAUUUUGGAUUAUGACAACAUGUACUACAGGUCUAGUAGCAACAUAUUUUUAUAAGUACAUAUACAAAGAACCGUGCAUGACUUCCAUCCUGACAGGUGAACAAUGGGUGACAGAUGUUUUGAGUGGACAUUAUAUACGAUGUAUUAAUGCUUUUAGGAUGGAAUCGAGUGUGUUCAAACAACUAUGUGAAGAACUACAAGCCAAGUAUGGAUUAAGAGAAAGUAAAAAGAUGGCUGUUAUUGAAAAGGUCGGCAUCUUCGUAUAUACUCUUGCCUUAGGUAUUUCUAAUAGAGAUGUUGCUGAGCGAUUUCAACGUUCUGGUGAGACUAUUAGUAGAGCAUUUCAUGAAGUUCUGGAAGCUAUUAGUGGUAGAACGAGGGCUUAUAUGGGUCUUGCACGCGAUAUCAUAAAACCACAGGAUGCAAGUUUCCCAGGUAUACCACCUCAGAUUGAAUAUGAUCCAAGAUACAUGCCUUAUUUCAAGGACGCUAUUGGAUGCAUUGAUGGAACACACAUAAAUGCAUGUAUACCCGAGACAGAGCAAUUGCGUUAUAGAGGGAGAAAAGGAAACCCUACUUUCAAUGUCAUGGCAACAUGUGAUUUUGAUAUGUGUUUCACUUUUAUUUCUCUUGGAUGGGAAGGAUCCGCUCAUGACACUCGGGUUUUUCUUCAUGCACUUAAUACACAAGAACUGAACUUUCCGAAACCCCCAGAAGGUAAGUACUACUUGGUGGACAAAGGAUAUCCGGACAGAAAAGGCUAUUUGGUACCAUACCCGAAAACAAGGUACCACAAGGAUGAAUUCACGAAUAUGCCACCGACUAAUGAAAGAGAAGCCUUUAAUCGAUCUCAUUCAUCCCUACGAAGUUGUAUUGAGAGAUCAUUUGGAGUUUUGAAAAAAAGAUGGAAGAUAUUAGGGCAAAUGCCACAAUUCAGUGUCGAGACUCAACUUGAUGUCAUUAUGGCCGCUUUUGCCUUGCAUAACUACAUACGAAAAAAUUCUACAGAGGACCUUAUCUUUAGAAUGGUCGAUGAGAAUCCUGAUUACAUGCCUUGUGAAGAACUUCCCGACGUUAUCCAUGCUAGAAACAAUGAAACGUCAAGAGAGACUUCUAAAGAAAUGGAAAAAGUUCGUGAUGACAUUGCUCUUCUUUGA